CAUUUCACACAUCAAUGAUUUAUCUCACUGUCAAAUUAUAAAAUUUAAAUAUUAAAUUACCCGUGAAUAUAUGCCAUAAAAACAAUCGUAAUUAAAAUGCCGUGUGAAAUGAUUACUUUGCAACUGGGUCAGUGUGGGAAUCAAAUUGGUUUUGAAUUUUGGAAACGAUUGUGUGCUGAGCAUGGAAUUAGUCCCGAAGGUAAACUUGAAGAUUUCGCUACGGAAGGUACAGAUCGAAAAGAUGUAUUUUUUUACCAAGCCGAUGAUGACCAUUAUAUCCCACGUUCAGUUUUACUUGAUUUGGAACCGAGAGUUAUUCAUACGAUUAUGAAUUCACCGUAUGCAAAGUUGUAUAAUCCAGAAAAUGUUUACUUAUCGAAAGAUGGUGGUGGAGCCGGUAAUAAUUGGGCAUCGGGUUUUAGUCAAGGCAGUACGUUAGAAGAAGAUAUUUUCGAUAUAAUUGAUCGUGAAGCAGACGGUAGUGAUAGUUUAGAAGGAUUUGUGUUGUGUCAUUCCAUUGCAGGAGGAACAGGUUCUGGAAUGGGAUCAUAUAUUUUAGAGAAAUUAACUGAUAGAUUUCCAAAAAAACUAAUACAAACGUAUAGUGUAUUUCCUAAUCAAGAUGAAAUGAGUGAUGUCGUUGUCCAGCCGUACAAUUCACUAUUAACGUUAAAACGUUUAACACAAGCGGCUGACGCAGUUGUUGUACUGGAUAAUACAGCGUUAAAUCGAAUUGCAACCGAUAAACUUCAUAUACAGAAUCCAAGUUUUGCACAAAUAAAUUCGUUAGUGAGUACGAUAAUGUCAGUGAGUACGGCCACAUUACGAUAUCCAUCAUACAUGAAUAAUGAUUUAAUUGGACUUAUUGGACCAUUAGUACCAACUCCAAGGUUACAUUUCUUAAUGACUGGUUAUACACCGUUAAUUGCUACCGAACAGUUAGGUGCAGCGACAAGUGGAGUUGGUGGCGGUGGAGUUGAUUCAACACCAAAUAUUCCACCAGCGACUACAGUACGAAAGACAACAGUAUUAGAUGUAAUGCGUCGAUUAUUACAGCCUACAAAUAUGAUGGUUAGUUCAGCGUACGAUCGUACUCCAACUCCAUUUCAACAUUGUUAUAUUAGUAUUUUGAAUAUUAUCCAAGGGGAAGUGGAACCAACACAGGUUCAUAAAUCUUUACAAAGGAUACGAGAACGUAAAUUAGCACAAUUUAUAAAAUGGUCGCCAGCCAGUAUACAAGUGGCGCUUUCCAGAAAAUCACCAUACAUACAGACAUCACAUCGUGUAUCCGGUUUAAUGUUAGCCAAUCAUACGAGUAUAUCAAUGUUAUUUGAACGAGUACUCACACAAUAUGAAAAACUACGUAAACGUGAAGCAUUCUUAGAACAAUUUCGUAAAGAAGAUAUGUUUAAAGAUAAUUUAGAAGAAUUAGAUGAUUCAAAAGCAGUCGUACAAGAUUUAGUUCAAGAAUAUCAAGCAGCGACACGAGCGGAUUACAUUUAAGCUAAAUUUAAAAAGAAAACAUAGAAAUGUUUAUUUUUUUAAGCCCCUAAAAAAAAAAAAUAACGUAAUCUCGUAACGUCUUCGAAAAAUCUCCAACAUACACUCACAAACCUUUCUCGAAUAUAUUAUUUUUUUAUAACCUAAAUAACACUCUUUUUUUAGUAUUAAAUACAAGCAUGGAUGCCAUC